CAAGUGCCGGUCUGCGCCUGCGAGAGGGUAACUUUGGACGGCCAGGAGUUGGACUUCAGUGAUCCUUAGAACUCAGUACCUGUGACAUGGGGAGAAAGAGUGCCUGGGGCUGCACUGGAGGCAGGGGCUCUUCUUCACAGCUGCUGUCCCUCAUGGGCUAUGCCCUUAACUCCUGUGGUGUCCUUAGCUGAACUGAGACCAGAUGCAAGCCCUGGCUGACCCAGGGGACUCCUCACCCAGGAAAUGGAAAAGCUGGUUGCUUGUGUACAAAAAAAGCCAGAUGCUGUUUGUAGACUGAUUUGCUUUCCAUGGGCUGGAAGUGGAACUUCUCAACUUGCUCAGUGGGGGAGACUGUUCAACGACUCAGUUGAAGUGUUCUGUAUAAGGCUUCCUGGAAGAGAAACUCGUCUUGAAGAGCCUUUUGCAAAAGACAUGACAAGUGUAGUUAAUGAAAUUACAAGUGUUUUGUUAAAAGAAUUGAAAGAAAAACCAUUUGCAUUUUUUGGUCACAGUUUUGGAACUUACAUGAGUUUUGCUGUUGCACUUCAUCUGAAAAAAAAGUACGGACUGGAGCCAGUCCAUCUUUUCAUGUCAGCAGCACACUCCCCAAAUUCUGCAGCAUAUCUUGCUGUCAAAAGCAUAGUCCUACCUGAUGGACCCAAUGACCUUCUUGCAAUUAUGGAGAUUCUAGGAGGAAAUUUUGAGCUUCCACAUGAUGAAGACCUUUGGAGGGAUACGGCGCUUACUUUCAAAGAAGAUGCCAAACUUUUUCAGACGUGUUCAUUUGAGAAGACAGAAAUGAAUAUCCCCUUCUCCUGUGAUAUUACCUACUUUUGUGGAUCUGAUGAUAAAAUAUAUGAUGCAAAAGGUUGGCAAGAACUAACGAGUGGAGAUACUUCCUUUUAUGAGCUUCCUGGAGAUCACCUUUAUCUGCUGAAACCCUCUAAUGAAAGCUUCUUGAUAAAACACAUGACAAGAAGCAUAGAAAAUGGUCUAUGAGUAUUUCUCACAAUUUUAAUAGCAGAAUGUGUAAGGUUAGUCCACGGGAAUUUGUAAUAAAUCACUUCUUUCUCUACAUUGCAGCUAUGCCUCAAAGUUGUUCUGUUCCCCUGUAAUCUUUUAUAAGGGGGUGUUUCCCUGAUGUUUUGAAAACAAACAUAGGCUUUGGGUCUUAAAACAGGUUUCAUCUUUUCCUUCUUCUCUUACAUGUGUACAAACUCUUCACUUUAUUCCAUAACCCUGUUUGCAAAAAAAUUAUGUCUAUGUUAUUUUACUGUUAGAGCUUCUGUUUGUCU